AUGGAUCACUUUUCUUUGUUCAAUACUUAUUUUCUUAUUUUCAUUUCUCCUAUAUUCAUGGCGCAAUAUAGCUCUUCUUCUGUAAGUAUACGAUGCAGCCAAACCCCAUACCCUCAAGUGUGCAACCAUUUCAUCAACACCAACCUCUUAUCAACCCUAGAUGAUCAUGAACAAAGGUUUACAUUUCGUGAUUUGACACUUAAAGUCACCAUGGACCAAGCCAUUGGAGCCCAUCAACUCGUCUCAUCCUUGAACUUGAACUCAUUGAAAGAUGAGAGAGCCAAGUUGGCUUGGAAUGAUUGUUUGGAGCUCCAUGAGGACACCGUCGACAAGAUCAAUCGUUCGAUUGGCUCCAACAACGCCCUAGACGCCAAUACAUGGUUAAGUGCAUCGAUUGCUAAUCAGCAAACUUGCCAAAAUGGUUUCACCAAUCUCAAAAUUCCUAAUUCUUAUUUACAAUCAUUUCCAAAUUAUGUCACGCUAACAACCAACCUGUCCAAGCUGCUUAGCAAUUCACUGUCACUACACAAGGCCUCAACUUCACCGUCGGCUUUGCAUUUCAGCAAACAGGUUCGUGGGAAACGACGCUUAUUGCUCUCGGAAUCAGAUGAUGGGUUCCCGGAAUGGGUUUCGUUUGCUGAUCGAAAGCUUCUGCAGUCGACUGGGGGAGGGCCAAAAGCUGAUAUGGUAGUAGCCCAAGAUGGGUCUGGAAACUACGAGACAAUUUCUGAGGCUGUGGCUGCUGCGCAGAACCUACGAAGUGGGUCCACUGAAAGAUUUGUUAUACACGUGAAAGCUGGGGUUUACAAAGAGAACGUUGAGAUUAAGAAGACAAUGAAGAACAUCAUGUUCAUUGGCGAUGGGAUUGAUGCAACCAUUGUUACCGGGAACAGAAAUAGCCAAGAUGGUUCAACCACAUAUAGCUCUGCCACUUUUGGGGUUACGGGGGAAGGCUUCAUUGCUCAGGGCAUGACAUUUGAGAACACAGCAGGGCCGCAGAAACACCAAGCCGUGGCACUGCGCUCCGGCGCGGAUCACUCGGUGUUCUACCGUUGCAGCUUCAAAGGCUACCAAGACACUUUAUACGUAUAUUCCCAACGCCAAUUCUACCGUGAGUGCGACGUAUACGGCACCAUAGACUUCAUCUGCGGCGACGCCACGGCCGUGCUCCAAAACUGCAACGUGUACGUGAGAAAACCAAUGAGCAACCAAGUAAACACCGUCACAGCACAGUCGAGGACCGACGCCAAUGAGAACACAGGCAUUGUUAUCCAUGGCUCGCGUGUCACAGCCGCUCCGGACUUGAGAGCUGUGCAAGGCUCGUUUAGGACCUAUUUGGGCAGGCCAUGGAAAAAGUACUCGAGGACGGUGAUCAUGAAGAGCGAUCUAGAUGGGUUGAUUGACCCGGCUGGUUGGUUCCCAUGGAGCGGAAGCUUUGCCCUCUCUACACUUUAUUAUGGUGAGUACAUGAACUCUGGGGCUGGUGCUGCCACUGGAGGGAGGGUCAAGUGGCCAGGCUAUCGUGUCAUAACGAGUGCGGUGGAGGCCGGGAAGUUUACAGUUGGGAACAUAUUGGCCGGAGAAUCGUGGAUUCCGGACACCGGAGUGCCAUUUUCAGCUGGUCUGUGAUAAUUGUGAUAUGGAUGGAUAUGUAUACAUCAUGCAUGCAUGUGGUGAGAGGUUGUUUGACUUUUAAAAGUAGAGGAGCGAGAGGGGGCGCUUGUCA